AUGUUCCUAUUUAUGCUUUUUUCGACACUGUUUCCUUCCAUAUUUACUGAUCUUGAGAAGCAACACUGGAUCUGCAACUCCUCUGAUUUAAGUGUUUGGUACACCUACUGUGAUAAAAUGAAACACUCUAUUUCAAUCAAACUUGAACCCUGUUUAACACUGAAGGGAGGCAGAGGAUAUUUGCAGCUUUCCUACAUUCCAAGGAGAGACAUAAAAAAACUGUAUUUUAAUAUCUAUAUGUAUCUCAAAACCAUUGAGUUUCCAAUGCGUACAGAAGUUGUUUGCCGAGGAUUUGAUGAUCAAUAUUCUUUUUGCAGAGCUGUAAAGGGAGAGACUGUGAAUACAACAAUACCAUUCUCCUUCAACGAAAUACAUUUUUCUAAGGGACAAUACAGGAUUGUUACAGAAGCCAUUGCCGGAAGUCCUGAAGAAAUGCUCUUUUGUUUGAAUUUUACCGCCAUACAUACAUCCAAAUUAAAAUAG